AUGCCAGAUGGGCUUCCAUCCACUCUCGGCCUCGUUGGGGUCGGUACCAUAGGAUCUUCCUUGAUUCGUGGCCUCUUGGCCCCGGGCGGCAGCUUGUCAACACUCCCAAGGGUGGUUCUUUCGCCCAGAGGUGCUGCAAAGGCGGCAGAGCUUGCGCGAGACUUCCCGAGCCAUGUUGUCGUGGCCAAGAGCAACCAGGAGGUCGUCGACGCGGCAGACUGUGUCAUCAUCGCAGUGCUCUUCAAGCAGGUUGAAGAGGUCAUGAAGGGAAUCGCUUUCCGAGAAGGGCAGAAGGUCGUCACACUGGUCGCUGGACUCCUGCCAAAGCGUCUGCAGGAGCUCUCUUCCCCAGCAUCAGACUGUGUCAGUGCGAUCCCGCUUCCAGCAGUGGCCAGGCGCGCUGGUUCCACCUUGCUGACGCCACCGAGACCCUGGGCACAGGCAAUGUUUGGGAUCUGCGGGAAAUGUGUUUCCGUGGAGAGCGAAGCAGAAUUCAGGAGGCUCCUGUGCAUCACAACGCUGAUGGGGGACUUCUAUAAGAGGCAGCUGACUGCACAGCGGUGGCUCUCUUCGAACGGCGUCGCAGAGGCCGACGCCGCCACCUGGGUUGGAGCCACCUUCGCCACUUUCGCGGCAGACAGCAGCGCAGCAGAGGCGGACACUUUUUCGAAGCUCGUGGAAGAGCAGACCCCUGGUGGACUCAACGAGAUGGUUUGGAAGGCCCAAGAAGCUGAUGCAAGCUACGAGUCCCUGGCGUAUUCAUUGGAUGCGGUCUUCCACCGGCUGGUGGCCGGUGCGGAGGAUCCCUCCCUGGCACCCGCGGCCAAGCGGUUGAAACGCUAG